CCGCCCUCUCCCGUGCACCGCCGCUGCAUUUUCCUGGCGAACUCCUCCUCCGCGACCCGGCCGAGAUGGGGAGCACCUCAUCCAUGCUCACCCAGUACGACAUCGAGGAGGUCCAGGACCACUGCAGCCACGCAUUCUCGCAGCAGGAGAUCGUGUCGCUGUACCACCGCUUCUGCCAGCUCGACCGCAACGGCGGCGGCUUCGUCUCCGCCGAUGAGUUUAUGACCGUCCCCGAGUUCGCCGUCAACCCCCUUUCCCAGAGGCUCCUGAGGAUGUUGGAUGGACUAAACUUCAAGGAGUAUGUUGCAUUCUUAUCGGCGUUCAGUCCCCAUACGAGCCUGCAGCAAAAGAUUGAAUUUAUUUUCAAGGUCUACGACACUGACUGCAAUGGGAAGGUUGCGUUUGAUGACAUCUUGAACAUAUUGCGAGAUCUGACGGGUUCUUUUAUGACGGAGCAACAGAGGCAGAAAGUCUUGACUCAUGUUUUAGAAGAAGCUGGCUAUACAAAAGAUUCGAAUUUCACUCUGCCAGACUUUGUGAAGGUCCUUGGCAAUUCUGAUCUUAAGAUGGAAGUUGAAGUUCCUAUCGACUAAGAAGUACUUGUAUAAUUGUGCUGCUUCCAGCAUAUAUAUAUGUUAAUUUAUGUCAGUGAAAGCUGCCCGACUAUUUACUAGAUCCGUGUACUUCAUAUCAUGAGUGAAGCUGUAAUUAAGGAAGCAUAUGUACUUAAGUUUUUUGGCGUUUAAUUUGACCUAUUUACAUA